AGCUUCAGCUCCAAGUGCAGUUUCCCCAGCAGGUUCUCCAGCUGCCAUCUGCAGUUUGAACACAUAUUGCAACGACAGCUGGACUCAGCCAGUCUCCUAGCAUGGCACAUGGAAGGGGGUUGGACCAUCGUGGGAUAUGGUGUCAAGUUUUUGGGGAAAAGGACCAUCGUUCACCAUGCAGUCCUGUGCCAGGUGUGGGUUUGUGGUCUACCCAGCCGAGAAGAUCAACUGCAUUGACCAGAACUGGCAUAAAGCAUGUUUUCACUGUGACGUCUGUAAGAUGGUGCUCACUGCCAAUAACUUUGUCAGCCACAAGAAGAGGCCAUACUGCUCUGUACACAAUCCCAGGAACAACACCUUCACAAGCGUCUAUGAGACCCCCGUCAACAUCAAUGCAAAGAAGCAAAGCAAGGCGAGCAGUGAGCUGAAGUAUCGUGAAGAUGGCGAGCGCUUUAUGUCGACCUUCCACCAAGACAUGAGGUCCAUGGAGAUGGAAAAGGCCCGCCUAGCCAGUCAGAUGACAAGCCAGGGCUUCCAGUCUGAGUCUGAGUUCUCACAGCAACAGAUGUGGUACUCAGGCCAGAUGACCAACCAGGAGAUAGUAACAAUGUCUCAGGCCCAGAAGACCGUCAGUGAUGUGAACUACACAGAGGAAUAUGAGCAGUCCAAAGGGAAAGGCAGCUUCCCUGCCAUGAUAACACCUGGUUACCAGGCUGCUAAGACAGCUAAUACUCUGGCCAGUAGCCUGGAAUAUAAAAAAGGACAUGAGGAGAGAGUUUCAAAGUACACCACUUUUGUUGACCCCCCAGAGGUGCUACUGGCCAAGAAACAAGGACAAAUUGUUAGCGAUUAUGCCUAUACAGAAGAGUAUGAGCAGCAGAGAGGUAAAGGAAGCUUUCCUGCACAUCUUACACCUGGAUACAUGAUUUCAAAGAAGGCCAGUGAGCAGGCCAGUGAUAUAAAAUACCGUCAGAUAUAUGAAAAGGAGAUGAAGGGUAAAGCCAGCUCUGAGGUGGCCAUGGCUGAAGCAGUCCAUGCCAGAGAAAGUGCAGGGAAUUUCAGCCAGAUUGCCUAUACUGAGCAGUAUGAGCAGCAGCGAGGGAAAGGAAGUUUCCCCGCCAUGAUCACUCCUGGAUAUCACCUUGCAAAGAAAGCUCAAGAAAAUGCCAGCAAUCUAAAAUACAAGAAGGACUUGGACAAGAUAAAGGGCACCUCGCACUUCCACAGCCUGACGUCCGAAGACAAUCUGGCUCUAAUGAACGCGCGAAAGAUCAACAAACUUGUCAGUGAGGUCGAAUACAAGAAGGACUUGGAGAACACCAAAGGUCACAGCAUCAAUUUCUGUGAGACACCGCAGUUUCAAAAUGCUGCUAAAGUCGCCAAGUUCACAAGUGAUAACAAAUAUAAAGAGAAGUACACCAGCAACAUGAAGGGCCACUAUGAAGACUCAGGAAUCGAUAAGAGAACCAUGCAUGCCAUGAAGGCCAGGAAAUUGGCUAGUGAUAUUUCUUAUAAACAAGGCUGUGAACAAGAGCAGGGGGAAUACAACUACCCAGCCACCCUCACACCAGGCUACAAAAGCCGGAAACUCGACCCACUGAAAGACAAGAACUACAGGCAACACAUCGACCAGGUCAAGUACAAGCAAACAACAGACACACCUGAGAUAGUGUUAGCAAGGAAAAACGCUCAGCUGGUCAGCAAUCUGAAUUAUAAAAAAGGCUAUGAAAAGACCAAACAUCAGUACACACUCUCCCAGGAUCUGCCCCAAAUCAAAACGGCCAAAGCUAACGCUGCCUUGUGCAGUGAUAUUAAGUAUAAGGAGGAAUGGGAGAAGAACAAGUCUAAAGCCUGCGACAUCGGCGUGGACGACCUGAGUGUAAAAGCAGCUAAAGCUUCCCGUGACCUCGCCAGUAAUAUUAAAUACAAAGAGUCCUACAUGAAGAACAAGGAAAAGGCGAUAGGGGUCGAUGUAAGCGACUCCAAGACCAUGCACUCUCUUCAAGUGUCCAAGAUGAACAGUAAUGUCGCAUACAAGAAGGGUUCCAAGGAAGGCCAGGCUCAGUACAGCCUUCCUCUGGACAUGAUCAACCUGAGCCACGCUAAGAAGUCUCAGGCCUUAGCCAGCGACCUGGAAUAUCGCACGAGGCUGCACGACUACACCGUCAUGCCUGAUGACAUCAAGGUCCAGCAGGCGAAGAAGGCUUAUUCCCUUCAAAGCGAGAACCAGUAUCGUUCAGAUCUGAACUGGAUGAAAGGAGUGGGCUGGGAGGCUGAUGGAUGUCUGAACAUCACACAGGCCAAGAAAGCUGGAGAGCUGCUGAGUGAUACUAAAUACCGACAGAAGGCAGACAGCAUCAAGUUCACCCAGGUGGCGGACAACAUCUCCAUGGAACACGCCAAGAAGAGCCAGGAACUGCAGAGCGGCCUGACGUACAAAGCAAACACAGAGCAGAUGCUACACCAGUACACCAUGACGAACGAUGAGCCCCUCUUCAAACAAGCAAAGGCUAACGCUGACCUUCUUAGUGGGAAAGUUUACAGGAGCAACUGGGAGAAGCAGAGGGAAAAGGGCUUCGAGCUGCAUUUGGACUCUCUUUCUAUUCUCACAGCUAAAGCCAAAAGAGACCUGGCCAGCGACAUCAAAUACAAGGAGCAGUAUGAGAAAAACAAAGGCAAGGUGAUCAGCAUUAAGUCUGUCAGUGAUGACUCAGCGAUGGCUCACUCUGCAAUGGCCACCAAACUUCAGAGUGAUCGCAAUUACAAGAAGGACUAUGAGGACACCAAGACCAAAUACAAUGUUCAUCUUGAUAUGAUGAACAUAGAUCUCAUCCAUGCCAAGAAGGCUCAAGGCCUUGCCACUGACACCAACUACAAAACGUUCCUCCACAAGUACACCACUCUGCCCACCGACAUGAACGUAGCCUGGGCUAAGAAGGCCUAUGGACUACAGAGCGAUAAUCAGUACAGGUCAGAUCUGAACUGGAUGAAGGGUGUUGGCUGGGAGGCUGCAAAAUCUCUGGAUGUCCAGCAGGCAAAGAAAGCCGGGGCUCUCCUCAGCGAGAAAAAGUACCGGCAGGAUGUGAGUGCUCUGAAGUAUACCAGCGUUGAAAACACUCCAGAGAUGGUCCAAGCCAAACUCAGCAACAAACUGGCUGUGGAUCGGUUGUACAGGGAGAAGGGUGAAAACAUGAAGCACAACUACACACUCAGCGGAGAGCUGCCGGAGAUGGUUCAGGCCAAGCUCAAUGCUAUAAACAUCAGCGAGAGCUGCUACAAGGAAUCUUGGACUAAGAUACGUGAUGGCGGUUACAAGCUGAGUCUGGACGCCAUUCCUUUCCAGUCUGCAAAAGCAUCUGCAGAUAUCCUCAGUGAUCAAAAAUACAAGGGAGAAUUUGAGAAGACGAAAGGGAAGAUGAUCGGUCUGAAGGGACUGCAGGACGACAUCAACAUCGCCCACUCAGUCAAUGCCAGCAAGCUGCAGAGUGAUAUUAAGUACAAGAAGGACUCUGCAAAGGACAUGUCGAAGUUCCACCUGUCCAUGGACAUGCUGGAGGUGUCCCAUGCUAAAAAAGCCCAGUCUCUGGUCAGUGAUCAGGACUACAGGCUGACCCUGCAUCAGUACACCUCGCUGGCUGAUGACAUGAAGGUGCAGGCUGCCAAGAAAGCGUACGCUCUGCAGAGUGAGAAAGUGUAUCGCUCUGAUUUGAACUACUUGAGGGGUGCGGCCUGGAUCGCCACUGGAGCCCUGCAGAUUGAGGGCUCCAAGAGGGCUUCGGACCUCAUCAGCGAUAGAAAGUACCGCCAACAGCCGUACAGCUUCAAGCACACCUCUGUCGCUGACUCACCAGACAUCGUCCAUGCCAAACUCAGUGGACAGAUCACAAAUGAGCGUUUGUACAAAGAGAAAGGGGUGAACGACCAGCAUCACUACACUAUAACAUCUGAGAGACCAGAGAUUACACAGGCUAAGAUCAAUGCAGCCAACUUCAGCGAGACCAAGUACAGAGAGUCCUGGAACACGCUGAGGGCUCAGGGCUACAAACUCACCAUGCAGGACAUCCCGUUCCAGGCUGCCAAGAGCUCCACGGGCAUCGCCAGUGAUAACAAGUACAGACACGACCACCUGCUGGAGAAAGGGAAGCACACUGGGGUCAGCGCCUCAGACGACCCAUAUCUCGUGCACUGCCUGCAGGCGGGCCGGCUGGCCAGCAAUCAGGAGUACCGCAAGGACGCCCUGACGACCAGCGGGCAGUACCACCUUGACCCUGACAUGAUUCACCUGGUGACAGCUAAGAACUCCCAGGCCCUGGCCAGUGAGCAGGACUACAGGAAGAGACUGCACGAGUACACUUUGCCUUCUGACGACAUGACGGUCAAGUGGGCCAAAGCGGCUCACGACCUGCAGAGUGAGAAACGCUACAAGGCAGAUCUCACUUACAUGAAAGGAGUGGCCUGGGACGGAGUGGGUGCACCUCAGCUGGAGUCGGCUAAGAAGGCUGGAGAUCUCCUAAGUGAUAAGAAAUAUCGUCAGCUGCCAGACAGCCUGAAGUUCACCUCAGUGACCGACUCUCCUGAUAUGGUCCACGCUAAGGCCAGCUAUCAACACUGCAGUGAGAGGCUGUACAAAUCUGGAAAGAAUGACGACAUGCAUAAGUACACUUUACAUUCAGAUGACCCAGAAUUUGUCAGAGCAAAGAUGAAUGCCCAGCAGAUAAGUGAUAAAGUUUACAAGGCGUCUGGGGAGCAGGUGAAGACGUCUGGCCAUGACCUGAGGCUGGAUGCUAUUCCCUUCCAGACUGCAAAGGCCUCCAGAGAAAUGGCCAGUGACUUCCGCUACAAGGAGUCCCACGUGAAGGAGAAGGGGCAGCAGGUGGGGCUGCGCUGUGUGGAGGACGACCCUAAGAUGGUACACUCUAUGGCAGCCAGCAAGCUCCAGAGCAACCUGGAGUACAAACGCCAGUCCAAAGAGGACCGCGGCCAGUACAAAAUGCACGCCAACCAACCCGAGUUCCUGCAGGCCAAAAAGAGUCAGGCUCAGGCUAGUGACCUCACCUACCGCAACAAGCUCCACGACUACACCUGUGACCCGGAGCAGCUCAAUGUCAAGCAUGCCAAGCAGGCCUACAAGCUGCAGAGCGACGUGAACUACAAGGCAGACCUGAACUGGACCAGAGGAGUGGGCUGGACCCCUCCCGGCUCCCAUAAGGCCGAGCUGGCCCGCCGGGCUGCAGAGCUGGGAUUUGCUGAGGGAGUCACUACUGAUGAGGCUAUCGCAAACUAUCAGCACAUGAUGAUGGUUCAUCGCCAGCAGCAGAUGGAGCAGCAACAGCAGGAGGCCUCAGAGCAGUUUGAGACCAGCGAGGAGAUCAAACAAGGCGUCAACAUGGACGCCAUGGAGGUCCUCCACGUCAAGAGGAUGAAGACCAUUAAGACCGUCCAAAAUAAGACCAGCACAUCUUUCAGAUCCAUGGAGAAGAAGUCCAGCACCACCUCGUCCUCCUCAUCGGCUGCCAUCCAGAACACCGUCCAGACGUCCAUAUCUAGUAAAGAUGAUGCGAUAACAGACGCGUAGAUCAGAGGAGAUUUUAUUGAUGAUUGUGUUAAGGAAUGGUGAAGAUGGCAGCUUUAAGAAAGUGCGGGUAACUCUACAAGUGGUGUGCUGCGGUGAUGUAGAUACAUGAGAUGCCACGCUAGAGUCAGACGAAGUACUGUAGGUGCAACAAGAACUGCAAAAUGAAGUAGAAAUGAUAACGAAAGGGAUAAGCAUGUUGAAUAAGGAAAGGACUUGUCAAGUUAGAUUAAAGGAUUGUCAAUGUAUGUGGCGAGCAAAAAAGAAACUUUACUUUUAGAUUUAUUGCAAGCUGUUUUUUUGACAUUUUAUCAAAACUUCUGCAUGGGUUAAAUCACCUCCAAAGGACCACAUUCAACAGCAGCAAACACAUCAGAAAUACCAAAACCAGAACAAAAAUGAUCAUGUUUGAAAUGGGAAGUUUGAAUUUUGUUCAUAUUGAGUGUGAUUAGAAGAUAAUGAAGCCGUACCAGAGAUUGCCAGCACCGCAGAAGGUUUUUUUCAAUUGUUUUUUUUUCAUUUAUCUUUAGAUAUGAACAACAAGAUCAUAUAAGCAAGGCAUACACCUUGUGGCAGCCGUGGAAAACAUGCAGUUUCUUAUGAGGUCUGCUCAUCUAGUGCACUUUGAGCUAGCCUCGGUGAUAAAGACGUUAAGGCCUACUGAAAUGUGUGGUCUACAUUUUGUCUGGCAGGUUCAGCUUCGUGAGUUUGUAUCAAUGCCCAUUUUGACUCAAAGCUGGGCUGGGAGUAAAUGCUUGGUUUUAUCACUGAUCGAAUAAACUUGGUUUUCUUUUUUCAAGGCAAAAUAAGCUGUUGUCGGAUUUUCUUUCCAAAAUAAACACAUCUUUUAGAGCCAAUGGCAAACAUCACAGUAUUUAUUGAAUGAAUAUAGUCAUCAGUUGAUUUUGUUUUUGAUCCAGUCAGUGAAUGAGUUGACGUUAACGUAGACACCAGGCUUGUUUUUCUCAGCACAGCCCACACCCCAGCUCACCACACCGGCGACGUACUGUGUGCCAUUUUUCUCACACACCAAGGGUCCACCUGAGUCUCCCUGUAGAGGUAGAAAACAACAAAUUGAGGGCCAUAGAGGAAAAGAUCAAUGCAUCUGAUACAAGUUCAAUACAAGACUGAUGCCUUUAAAGCUAUCUGUAAUUGUGUUGUCAUCAAGUUCGGAUGAUUUUUGGCUCCUUUUUUACAAAUUGCUAGAUUUAACAGCUAUAGCUUUGAAGGUAGCCAUGUAAAUAUCUCUUUCAUGAGCACCCUGCAUGCCUUGACACCUUGAUACUCCCCAUUUAUGAUCAUACACACCUGACAGGAGUCAAUGCCGCCCUGCAGAGUCCCUGCGCAGAACAUGCUGCUGUCCAAUACAUUCCUGUAGUCAUCAAGAUUUCUGCAUCUCUCGUCAGAGAUCAUGAAAACCCGAGCGUUCAACAGCUGGGGGCUGACCCUCACUAAAAGAGGAGAUUGAAGUGAAUUUGUAUGAGAUUGAGAAACAAACAGACACAGGACUGAAAGAGCUUUUUUCAAUGAAGACAUUGUGACAUUUCACAGUAGUAAAAGCGAAUGAUUUAGCUCUGUUAGUUUCAGUCCAAAACAAAAAAAGGAGCUAAUUGUUGUUAUCCUGUUGCAUUAUGGAAAAUGUAGGAUUCAGUGACCCAAACUAGAGGCUAGAUGUAUUUUGGCCUCUUCUGCAUCAAUCUUGACCUUUCUGUUUCUUGCAAGUCCCUUAACUUUAUGGAUAUGCAAUACUGAAAUAUAAUUGUACCAAAUAAACUGUUUACCUAUCAUUAAAUAACUUGUGAUAAAAACUU